GCUUUCUUCACUCUCCCUGUCAUCCUCGAGCUGGUGACCUUGGUCCUUGUAGGACCUUCCUCGAGCAACUGCUGGCAAAGCCCCGACACAAGCAUGACUUUAUGAUCGUGGUGGAGCUCCCUAUACCUUCUAUAUCAUCUCUCCGCUUACGCCCGAAUACAUCAGACAACUAUACUCCGUAUCUUACGCUCAAUUGAACCAUCACACCAGCCUCCUUCAACUAAUUGAACUUCACGAUGGCCUCCACUCCAGACAACACACCUCCCACCUUGGUGCGCUGGUACAUGGACACGCGCCCCCUCACUACGCACACCUCCACGUUACCCCUCCUCUCCACCCUCCAGCCCACCGAGCAAGAAGCCAUACAGAAAUUCUACCACCUCAAAGACAAGCACAUGUCCCUGGCCUCCAACCUCCUCAAAUACCUCUUCAUCCACCGCACAUGCCACAUCCCCUGGAACCAAAUCAGCAUUAGCCGGACGCCCGCCCCGCAUAAACGGCCGUGCUUCAUCCCGUCCCCGGCCCUCCUCUCGACCCUCUCCGCGCCCAUCCCAACCGUCGAAUUCAACGUCAGCCACCAAAACUCCCUCGUCGCCCUAGCCGGCACCACCAUCCCAACCCCCGCCUCCCAAUUCACCACCACCGCAGCAACCACCGCGCCCCCAGACCCCACCACCAACCCCCACCCCACGAUCCCCCAAGUCGGCAUCGACAUCACCUGCGUCAACGAACGCCACGGCAAACGCGGCCCAGAGCCACGCACCCGCGCCUCCUUCCUCGAAUACGCCACCAUCUUCUCCGAGGUCUUCUCCGCGCGCGAACUCUCGCUCAUCCAAUCCCUCACCCACCCCAGCGGGAAAUACCCACUCACCUCCCUCGAGGGCGUCGAAUACAGCUACCGCGUCUUCUUCACCUAUUGGGCCCUGAAAGAAGCCUAUAUCAAGAUGACCGGGGAGGCGCUGCUCGCGCCGUGGUUGCGCGAGCUGGAAUUCACGGACGUUAUUGCGCCGGAUGCGGGUGAGAAUGCGUAUCGGGGUGUCAAGACAUCAUUGUACGGGACGGAGGUGCAGGAUGUCCGGCUGGAGGUGGUGGCGUUUGAGGAGGAUUAUUUGGUUGCUACGGCUGCCAGGGGAGGGAAGAUUGGGGCGGCGAGGGCGGGGGAUGGUUGUGACGGGGAGAAGGGGGAUGUCUGGGAGGGGUUGGUGAGGAUUGAUAUUGAGGAGGAUGUGAGGCCUUGUGCGAUGGGGGAGUGUCGGUGUUUGGUCUAG